AAAUAAUCUUUUCCAGUGUUUUGAUCAUUGUUUCUAGCGAAGAGACAGAGAUAGAGUAUGUUAGAGGAGUAUAAGAUGCAGGGCCAAAAACUACAUUUAGUGCUCGAUAUGCAUGGCGUUCUUGUUAUACUGUGUACGAUUGCUGCAAGUGUUAAAUCUCAGAUGAAUGACUUUGACAACGACUGCUUAAGGUCCCAUAACCAAUACAGGGGACGUCAUGGAACUCCGCCUCUCGUAUGGUCCCAGGCCCUCGCUGCCGCCGCUCAGGAAUGGGCAAAUUCCUUGGCUAAUAGAAACGUAUUUGAACAUGAUUUAAUUUAUUUAAAUCGAGCAAAACAAGGAGAAAACUUGGCUUUUACGUUGUUUAACACAACCAAAUGUAUUAACGCUGGACAGUUAGACUGUAUCAAGUGUUCUGAGAUAGUCAAACACUGGUACAGUCAGAUUAAGGACUAUGAUUUUAUCAACGGUCGAAGUAGAGAGGGACCAAUUAGUAUCUUUACUCAGAUCGUUUGGAAGUCGACGAGAGAGAUUGGUGUUGGAGCAGCAAACAGUCAAAAGUAUGGUCUUAUUGUUGUGGCUCGAUACUUUCCACGUGGAAAUAUUGGAUUUUUCGACAGUUACAUACAAAAUGUCCCCCUUCCCAUUGACAAUAGUAUCACACCAAAUAAUCCUCCUUGCAACUUUCCUCCUUCAAUACCGGCGCCUGCAACAGUAGAUCUAAAACCAAGGAUAGCUUAAUUCUAAUGUGAUCAGUGCUUCCAGCACUGAUUUGCUGUUCUCUGUGUAAUCAUGAUAUAAAACAUGAUCGGGAGAUGAUGGGCAUUUAAAACUGUAAGCUGCAAGCAAGCAGUUUUAAAGAACAUAAAGAUCUGACCAAAUAAUUUAUAUUGCUUAUCAAAUUCCUGCAUAAACUAAACCAUAAUUUUCUAAAAAAAAUGUUAAAAAGAAAACAAACGAUGACAAGUUGUAUGAUUCACUUUGUUCAAACGAAMGCAAAUAUUUAUCUUAAAAAAAUAAGGACAGCAUAAAUAAUGAAAUAAAUGAUAAAAGUAUAGAUAAUGACAACAUGCAAUGUUGUAUACAAUACAUAUGUAAGGUGCUCUUGCGGGCCAUAAAUCGGAGUUUUCACAAAAUAUAAGUAGUAAUAGUAGUUAUAAAUAAAGCAAAGGAGUAUAGGGAUAUAGUAAAAUCAUGGGAUGCAAUAUCAUCGAACAUGUGCUCGACAUACGGAGAGAAAGAAUCAUGACAACUAAAAAUUGUCUUUACCUCAAAAAAAGUCUUUUUAUGGGCUUUGGUCAUCUACCCUUACUCUAGCUGUUCCUCUAUUGGUAUAGAAUAGCUUAUCGAUUGAGGAACAUUAUGCGGCUUAUUUCUUUUUUACUUUGCUUUUCUUCACUCAUGCAUGUUGACAGUAAACAAGGUUACUUUGAAGUGUACAUCAUAUCCAACGCUUAAAAGAUUGAAAGUGAUAGUUCUCAGACACCCAGAAUGUUAACAGUCGGAAAUGCGUUAGUCCUUGUUUUGAGCGUAGGAAGUCGAUUGGUUCGUUUGCGCGUGGUUUUCAAGUCGUUAAUUAGUCUAUUGAUGUAUGCUGUGGGAAGUGAAAUAGAACGGUUGAUUGGUUUGUGUUUUUUAAAUGUUUGACCAGCGGAGUUUGUGCCACUCUGUGCAUCUAAUAUGUAAUGCAAGUAGCGGAGUCCCAGUCAAUGUUAUGGCCAGUUAGUCUAUGAUGUUAAGCUAUGUUAUUGUUACUGUCUUCGUCCUUAGUGACGCAUGCUCUGUGAGUCUAGUCAGUGCAAGCUACUUUAAUAAAC